AUUAAAAAAAAAAAAAUCAAACAAAACUGAAGUUCCCUAAUAUAUGGAAUGCUGCUUGUUUUCCAUUUCUAAAGGCACUUCUUGAUUAUACUUUUUGUGGGUUUUUUUUUUAUAUAUAUAUAUAAAAGGGUGAGAGAAACGAAUCAAUGGGUUGGAGUGGGGAGAGGCGAAAAGAGGUUGUUACAUUUUUGAGAGUGGUGCUAGUGUUGCUGGCGGUGGUGCAAACGACGGCGUUUCGUGGAGGAGUUAAAGUUAAGAAUAAGGAGCACCGGAAUGCUUACGCCACAAUGAUGUACAUGGGGACGCCAAGAGACUACGAGUUCUACGUGGCGAUACGCGUCUUGAUCAGAUCGCUUGUUAGGCUUCAGGUGGACGCUGAUCUCAUCGUCAUUGCCUCCCUCGACGUUCCCCUCCGUUGGGUUCGUGCCCUGGAACAGGAAGAUGGAGCAAAAGUGGUGAUGGUAGAGAACAUUAAUAACCCUUAUAAGGGUCAACAAAAUUUUGACAAGAGAUUCAAGUUGACACUCAACAAACUAUAUGCCUGGAGUUUGGUGGACUAUGAUAGAGUGGUUAUGCUAGAUGCUGACAAUCUUUUCCUCCAGAAAACUGAUGAAUUGUUCCAAUGUGGGCAGUUUUGUGCAGUCUUUAUCAACCCCUGCGUCUUUCAUACUGGCCUCUUUGUGUUGCAGCCAUCAUUAGAGGUAUUCAAAGACAUGAUUCAUCAACUGGAAACUGGUAAAGAAAACCCUGAUGGUGCAGACCAGGGAUUUAUUGGUGGCUACUUCUCUGACUUGCUUGACCAGCCAAUGUUCUAUCCACCCCUAAAUGGCACCAAACUAGAUGGGCAAUACAGACUUCCUAUGGGCUAUCAAAUGGAUGCUUCUUAUUACUAUCUUAGACUUCGCUGGAGAGUACCAUGUGGACCUAACAGUGUGAUCACCUUCCCUGGUGCACUAUGGUUGAAGCCAUGGUAUUGGUGGUCUUGGCCUGUCCUGCCCCUAGGCAUUCAAUGGCAUCAAAAUCGUCGUCAAACUCUAGGGUAUGCAGAUGAGAUGCCCAUUGCAAUAAUCCAAUCGAUCGUUUUUCUUGGAAUCAUAGUGAUGACACGUCUAGCACGCCCCAGCAUCUCCAAACUAUGCUACCGGAACACAGACAAAAGCACAUCUUUGAUGCAAACAGGCCUAAAGUUUAUAGCAAUCUGGUCAAUUCUUGCGGCCUAUAUAGUUCCCUUCGUCAUUAUUCCUUGUACAAUUCAUCCGUUAGUAGGCUGGACAUUGUAUUUCCUUGGUUCGAUUGCUCUUUCCUCUGUGGCAGUCAAUUCGUUUUUGCUGCCAGUUAUUCCAGUUUUCGUUCCUUUGGUUGGGAUUUUUGGGUCUCUUUUGGUCAUGUCAUGUCCUUGGUACCCCAAUGGAGUUAUAAGAGCUUUAGCCGUUUUCGGCUAUGCAUUUUGCUAUGCUCCUAUUGCUUGGGGUUCAAUGGUUAAGGUCAUGGCACGGCUUCAGGUCUCACUUGAAAGAGACCAAUUUUUCCCAAAAUUGGGUGAAUCUUCACCACCUUCCGGUUUUAACAAGUUGUAUUGAAACUUACCAAUUAAACAGAUGAUACAUAUUUGUGAUUAUAGG